CAAAUGUAAGGGAUCUAUUAGUCAAUAGCUUUGUGCGUCAAAGCAAGUUAAUACAUUUAACUUAACCCACUUGUGAAUAUUUCAUUUUGGAAGUGAAAAAAGUAGAUGCAUCAUGUUUUACUGCGAAAUUAUUUUUUCUUUACUGUUUAUUACUGUACAAUUUAUAGGAAUAAAUUCAGAAAAUGGGUUUAAAAAAGAAAUUCUAAUCUCCUGUGUUUCCAACAAAACUGCCAAAGAAUUCAAUAAUUUUCACUUGAAAUAUGAUCCAACAAUGGCCACACAUGAUUUUAAAUUUGAAGAUGGUGAAAUGGAUAAACUCAAAGAAUUGAUAGGAAAAAAUGAUAAAAUUAUAUUCUUUUUCGUCGGACAUGAAGAUUUUUUAAAUAAAUUUGCUGGCAGAAGUUUUAUUAUAGCAAAACAUGAAAUGAUUAGCACGAAAGCCACCACCUGCACAAUAAGUUAUGAAUAUUUGUGUGGACCCGGGAUUUGCAAACAGAUACAAUACUUUUCUGCGGUUGAAAAUCGCGUUCCAAAUGUCGUUGAUAUGGCAACAUCCUUUAUCCAAAAUAUUGUGGACUCAAAAGAAUUUAAGAUUAAAUUGGCCAGUGUUUAUCUGAAUGGAUAUUGUCUGGGUGGUCAUAUCGCAGGAAAUGUUGGACAUGCUUUGAAAAAAAUAUAUAAUGGUCAAAUGGUAUCAGCAAUUUGGGCAUACGAUCCCCCUCGAUUUGCUUUUCCACAUCCAUCAGUUGAGGGGGAACCGAGACGUGUACAAAAAGGCGAUGGCAAAUUUGUAGUAGUAUUUCAUUCAUCACAGAUUGGUGUCCAAGACAAUAUUGCUGACGUUGAUGUAAUUCUCAAUGGGGCAAAAAAUCAGCCAGGUUUGAAUAAACCAAAGAUUGGUGUGUUAUUUGAUCACUUUGCUGCAUUUCUUCUUCGUGAAUUUAUAAUAUUGCGCAGCAAAGAAAUUGAAAAAAAUGAAAGAGGCUUCCCAUUUGCCGUAAAGCUUAAUCAAUCCGAUCAAUUUUCCCUUGAACUCACAAAUCCACCGUCCAACAAAAGUGGCGAAUAUCAUAUAAACACUGGUGCAAUCUUUGAUUUCAAAUAAGUAAAAUGUUUUGAAAAAUGAAGUCAAAAUAAAUAAUUGAUUUAUAAUGUAAAAUGUAAAA